AGGAAGCAUAUUUGGAAGUUGCGAACACAAUAUCAAGAAUUGAAAACCAGUAAAGAGUCCCUCAAGGCAUUAUUCAGUGACAAAAAAGUGCAGAGAUCUAAACCUAGUUCAUCAGAAAUUAGAUGA